AUGGGGUAUUCGUCGAUUCACCCACCUUCGUCAACAUCAUCACCACGUGCCAACGAACUCGCGAAAACCCAGCACACUAUUCCGUAUCCACUGGCGCUAGAUUGUCUGAUCGAUAUCUUUGAACAUCUCAAGGACGAUCGUGCAACAUUAUUCUCUUGCGCGAUGGUGAACCGAGUUUUCAGUCAGCUCUCCAUCCCAUUAUUAUGGCGACGCCCAUUCGAAAACCAGCUUUUCGGAAAACAGGUUACCAUCAUCCAAACCUAUAUCUCCUGUCUUGCCUUCAAGGACAAGGAAAUUCUCAUCAACCACGAUAUCAGCCUUCCGGACAUGGCCAAUCCACUAUUCGAUUACCCGCGCUACCUCCGCGGAUUCGACUCCGAGAACUUCAAUCGCUCCAUCGAAGACUGGCUACUGUUUCUGUGUGACACUAUUGAUUUGGAAUUUGUGAUUAAAGUAAAAGUAUUGAAUAGGAUCAUAGGAAAUCUAUUGUUCAGCAGAACCACGGGAUUACGUGUGUUGAAGAUAGAUUGUGGCGAAAUUGAGGAUACUUGCUUGAUGAAUAUCACCACAUUCGUCGGCAAUCAUCGGGCGUUCGAGAAUUUGGAGAAAUUUGAAUUGAAAUUCGACAACGAUGACGAGGAGAGGUGGCCAUUGAACAUUGACCACAAAGCUCGCAUUUGCACUCAACUAUCCUUUUUCACCCGGUCGCUCAACCACAUUUCCAUUUCCAUCGAUCCGAACCAUUGGUCUCCUCCCUCGCUGACCGUGUGCAUUCCUAUAUUCCAGCUGAUCGAAUCCCAGAGUUGUCUAAAAUUCCUGGAUAUCGAAGAAUUUUGGGAGGAUUCUUCGUUUUCGUUGGAGUUUUAUCAGUCCCUGCAAAGUCAAUUGCGCUCCCUCACUCACCUGACCCUAACAAACUUUUCGCAAUUCGACCUGUUGCUCCGAGUGCUAACGAAUUGCACCAACCUGGAAACAUUGGAGUUUCUCACGGUUCCCGAGUCAAGUUCGGAAUCUCUUGCGUUCGCCGAUAGCAUGCGAAGAUCAUCUCUGAUCAAACCACUAAGCAUCAGGAAGCUCAUCUCCUAUGACGCCAAGAGCGAUCCGGAAUUGGUGACGCAGACGUUGAGUAUCAUAAUGAGGAUGGCAAAUAAAAAUUUGCGUGCGCUGAUGAUAUUCGAGGCAACCCCCGAGCUACUGGAUGUCAUAGGCGAAUGCUGCCCGAGCAUAAUGGAUUUGUAUCUGACGAUGUCCACGUCCUCCAUAUAUAACCUGAUUCCAUUUCUAUACGCGUUGCCGCUAGAGUAUCUGUUCCUGUGGGAGGAUCACAGCCUACCAUUUUCCAUGGAACUCGUGAGACGAGUGGCACAUUCACUGCCACCCACCUUGAACAAUCUGGAGAUCACCUUUGACCUGACUCCAAGAAUGCUAGCCACAUUCUUGGAGGAGUGUCCCGCCAAAUUUCGUGAACUCGUGCUGAGGGUGGAUCAUUCAAACGACGAAUUUCUAAGAGUCGUAAUCGACUACGCCAAGAUGAGAGGCGUGCGUUUGAAAUGCCUGAAGCUUUGGGGAUUUGGAAUCAAGUAUUCGGCGAGCGUGGUGGAAGAGGCAAGACGAUACAUUCCAAAGAUCAUCAAUUUGGCGUCAUACCCGUUAUGGUAA